GUUAUUUGUUGUCUAACGGUUUGUGGAUGUGGUCCUAAUUGGCAGUUGAUAUGCUGUAGCUGCGUGAAUCGGAGAACCUCACUUAAAAACACAAGUCGCAGCCAAAGGAAGAACACGUUGUCGUCUUUGUCAAGGAUGCCAUGCCACAAUCAGCAGCUGAACAAUGUGAGCAGUGGCCAGGAGCACCCAAUGAAGCAAGUGCGAUUUGCUAACAGCGCCAACAGCACUGUGCCUGCGGUGCUGUCCAACUCUGAACCCACUGAUGCCACCAUACAGCCUGACAGCCAAGAUAACCUGGGACCUCAGCUUAAACUGCUCCCUCUGAAUGACCAGAUCCGUGAAUUACAGACCAUAAUCAGAGACAAGACAACUAGCAGAGGGGACUUUGUGUUUUGUGCUGAUCGACUGAUCAGACUUGUAGUUGAAGAGGGUCUGAAUCAGCUCCCCUACUCAGAGUGCACUGUGACUACGCCGACAGGGUACAAGUAUGAAGGUGUCAAGUUUGAAAGAGGCAACUGUGGAGUCAGCAUAAUGAGGAGUGGUAAGUUUAACCUGCCAUAG